GGACACAAUCCUGCGCGCUGUUCAUCGACCUCGGCUGGGCAAGACCGUCAUAUCCGGCACGGCGGCGCUUGACGCCAUCGUGGCCGGGGAGGUGAACAAAGUGCUGAUCGUCGGCCCGAAACGCGUGGCGCAGGUUGGCUGGCCGAGCGAGUUCGAGGAAUGGGGCCACCUCUGCUUCUACAAAAUGUCGGUCAUCGCGGGCACGGCGAAAGAACGCAUCCGGGCGGCGACCACGGACUGCCAUUUCUACACGGUGAGCGUCGACAACAUUGCUUGGCUGGUGGAGCACUUCAAGACGAAAUGGCCGUAUGACAUGGUGAUCCUUGACGAGUCCAGCAUGUUCAAAUCCCACACCUCACAACGUUUCAAGCUGCUGCGCCGGGUGCGGAAGUACAUGAAGCGGUUCGUGGAGCUGACGGCCACCCCGGCGGCGGAGGGCUACAUGGGGAUCUUCUCGCAGGUCUAUCUUCUGGACGAAGGCGAGCGCUUCGGAUCCGCGAUAACCAAAUAUCAGGAAAAUUACUUCACGCAGAACCGAUGGACGCGGCGCUGGAAGUUGCGUGACGGCGCUGAAAAGGAGAUUACCCGCAAAAUUUCUGAUAUAUGUUUAGUCAUGAAAGCAGAAGAUUACCUUGACGUAGACAAACCAAAUUUUGUGCCGGUUCCGGUGCGACUGGAUGCGGAGACGUCGGAGCUUUACCGCCAGAUGGAAGAGGAUUCAGUGGUGGAGCUGCUGCCGCCGGACUUCGACGAGCACAUCGACGACCCGGUGAUUAUCGAAGCGGAACAGGCGGCCAGCCUACAAGCCAAGCUGCUGCAGCUCGCCUCCGGGUUCAUCUACGACACCAAGAUCGUCGGCGUCACGGAAGACGAUAAGGUCAUCAAGCAAAAGGAUGCUUACCGCCUGCAUGACCUGAAAUUCGAUGCCCUCGACGAGCUGCUGCAGACCACGCUCGAAGGCAAGAACGUGCUGCUGGCCUACCACUUCAAGCCGACGCUGGAGCGGCUGAAAGAGCGGUUCACCAGCAAGGGCUUGGUCGUCAUGGACGAUGACGGGAAGUGCAUCAAGAAGUGGAAUGACGGGAAGAUCCGCAUCUUGGCGGCGCACCCUCAAUCCGCCGGGCACGGCCUGAAUCUGCAGCGCGGCGGCCACGUCAUCGUCUAUGUCGAUAACCCGUGGUCGCUCGAACGGUUCCUGCAGUUUAACGGCCGACUGGCGCGCCAAGGGCAGAAGCACCCGGUGACGGUUUAUCAGAUGAUGGCCGAGCUGGUGACGCCAAGCGGCAAGGUAGUGCCGACGGUCGACGAGACGGUAAUCGAGGCGCUGAACGAAAAGCGCGAUGUUCAGGAAGAGUUUUUCGAGCUGCUGGAACGCAUCAAGGGCCGAGUGGCCCGCCGACGCAAAUCAAAAUCAAAAGGGCUGUGGGAUGACGAAGACAACGACGAGUAA